AUGCAUGAAGAUUGGCUUAAAGGUAUUGACAAAUCUUUAAAAAAUCACAGUCAGUCUAUUGCUGACUACAAGAAAAGUAUAGAUUUUUUACAUAGUGCUAUGGACGUACAUGAUGGAAGCAUAAGGAACUUACUUAAUGCUAACAAUAACUUACCAGGAACUAUUAAAGCAUUUAUAAAGUCCUUUGUAAAACCUGGUGCUCUAACAUUUAGGUCUUUGAGAGCAAGAGCAUUGAAGUCAAGAGAUGCAGAAACUCCAACAGAACCUACAGAAGGAACUGAAACAACAGAAACUCCAAAAGAACCACCAAAACCAACAGCUAAUGAAAUAUUGUUCGAAUAUUUUCCAAGGUACUCUGUUCUCAUUGCAUACAUUCAAGAAAUACUUAAGAAAGCAGACUUGACUUUAGGAGAUGAUGAAAGUUCUGUAUAUCUUUCGUUCCAGUUUCAAAUAGCAGAACUUUUGAGACAGAUAUGCUUAAUGUAUGACAACAUCUCUGAUUUCACAAGAUAUGAUGACGACCAUGACCCCGAACACGGUGAAGAAGAAGUUUUACAAACAUCCAUUAAGACAGGAAAGGUUUUAACUCAAAGUCUCAUUAUUGACACCAAAGAUGGCGAA